AAGGGAAAAAUGCAAGUGGAUCCAAACAGCGUUAUAAUCGUAAGAGAGAAACUUCAUAUCCCAAAAAUGAGUGUUUCCCCAGCCAGUCCCGUCGCUCCUUUUCACAGAAAAGCAAAGCUUUUAACAAGAUGCCCCCUCAGAGGGGGGAGCAGAACAGCGGCAGCAAAUCUUUUAGCCUUUCUUCUAAUGGUGGAAGACGAGAUGAGGUAACAGAAACUCAGCGGGCAGAGUUCAGCCCUGCCCAAUUCUCUGGCCCCAAGAAGAUUAAUCUGAACCAUUUGUUGAAUUUUACAUUUGAACCUCGUGGCCACACUGGCCAUUUUGAUGGGAGCAGCCAUGGCACUUGGGGAAAAAGAAACAGAUGGGAAAACAAACCUUUCAGCAAGGAGCUUUUCCUUCAGGCCAACUGCCAGUUUGUAGUGCGUGAUGACCAGGACUACACAGUUCACUUCACUGACCCAGAUACCUUGGUCAACUGGGAUUUUGUGCAACAAGUGGUGCCUGCCAGACAUAAUUUCUAG